GCAAUGGGGGAGACGAACUCAAAAGUGGCCUUCGAAAUUUGUGUGGUAACUGAAGACUACCUUGGCAGCAACCUUGGGCCCGGAAUCAACAUGGUCAUGUUUGACAACAAAAAUGUACAAUCACCGAUAAUUGCCCUUGACUAUAUUUUUCAAAAUGAAGUGGAUUACCAUCAGGCGAAGUUCACGAUUGAUCUCCAGCCAUGGAGCAGGCUCAAGGCCUUCGGACGGCUGCAUCACAUCGAGUUCUGGCGGACGGACGCGACCGGGGGCGCUUUUGUGCCUGCCUGGUUCCUAGAUCGCGUGGUUGUCCGCGAUCGCCGAUUCGGCCUCACCGGAGAAUGGGACUACUUCUUUUUCCCCGUGCACGAUUGGAUCGUGCCGGAGGCGCAGUAUGUCAUCCACGAUUGCGAGACCUUUCUGCCCCAAGAGGAGCCUUUUCCGGACCUGCGGGACGCGCAGCUGGCUCGGCGCCAGCAACUCCUCAACUUCAUGCAGCGCGCCAAGGGACUGCCAGUGGAGGUAAGCGGGCUGUCGAGGCAACGCGCCGCCAAAAUUGGGAACCAAACCCGAUUACGCUACAUUAUGGAAGUGCCAACCACAGAACUCUUCUCCUACGACUCGCGAUGGGACAUUGAGGACAUCGUGCUGGAACUCAUCGAUCGAGUGGGUCUCUCGCACGACUACGGCAGCGAGGAGCCCUGGGACUCACUCGACUCCAUAGGCAGCCUCUACAAACGCCACAACAUCACUGAACCGUUGAGCCUUUCCUAUUGGAUGAUGAAUGAUAUCGCAUUUGGAGCUCAACGCGUGAAAGGAUGCAAUCCCUUCGUAAUCAGGCUGUGCUCGGGACUCCCUGAAAGUAUGGCUAGUCUGCGUGACUGGAUUAAGCCUCACCUUGAAGGCUGGACCAUUCAGCAGACGCUGGUUGCCAAGCGUCUCUACGUGGUCGACUACUCGAUCAUGCGUGGUCUGCACUGUCGUCAAGGCCGACUCAUGUCUGCCCCGCUGGCGCUCUUUUUCUACACCGAGAAACGCCAGCUCCAGCCCCUCGCCAUCCACCUGGACCCCUCCUCUAUGGACGAGAGACUCCUCUUCCGCUGCACGGACAGAAUUGAGGACUGGUUACAGGCGAAAUUGUGGUUCAACUUGGCCGACUCCUGUCACCACCUGGUUGCCGGCCGGCUGCUAAACCACCUCAUCCUCGAGGGUAUAUACGUCUCGUUGCGACGCAACCUCGCCCAAUCACAUCCCAUCUACCAACUCCUGGCGCCCCACUUCCGCAGCCUACUGGCUGUCAACAGCAAAAUCAAAGAGUGGAUGCUCGAUCGCGGCUGGAUUGCGCGCAACAUCCAACUCACCCGAAAAGGCAUCAAACAGCUUCUCAAGCGGGCCUUCAAACAGUGGCGCUUCGAUGUGCAGGCGAACGUCUACGCAGAAGCCGAAAGUCGUGGAGGCCUUGGCAACUACCCAUAUCGUGACGACGCAUUUAUUGUCUACAGCAUUUUGGACAAGUUUGUGACCAAGUUCUUGCGCAUAUUCUACACACGCGGGUCGGUUGAUUUAUUGGAGGACGUGGAGCUACAGACGUGGCGUAACGAGCUGGCUGAUCCCAUGGAGGACGGUGGCCUGGGCAUUGAAGGCAUUCCGCUGGGAAAAGCUAGGGUCCGCAACGGUGUCGUGUACCCCGUGGGUGGAAACGUGCUCUCCUCCAAUGGCAGCUCACUCAGCGGUGCUUCCAGUGCCAGCAGUGGCGAGUACGUUUUCGGCUUGACCACCCUGGAAGAGACCAAAUCCUUCAUUCUGGGCAUCCUGCACCUCCUCGUGAUUGUCAGCGGAUCGGCGCUGCGUUUGCCCAUGUUCGAUGAGUACGGAUUUGUGGCGCACUACCCACUCAGUUUGUUCGGGGAGCUACCGAUGAGACAAAAUGAAACCGAUAAGCGGAGCACCCUAGACAGUUGGAAUAGCCGCGCAAGUGGUUUGCGCUCUUUCUCUGGCUACGACAAGACCAUUGCUGCCUUGCCCAACCGUCGAAUGACCGUCGAGAUGGUGCUAUUCACGCGUGUCGCCAGUCGCAUUCAAAUGUCCAACCUCGGCAACUACGACUCCAACUUCAUUGUCGACCCGCGCGCCGUGCCCCUGCUAGAGGAAUUUCAGAAUAACCUGAAAGCAGCAAGUGACCAAAUCGCCGCAAACAAUCGUCUUCGUGACCUUCACCACAAGUAUUUCGCCCUUGACCCUGCCGUUAUGCCCAAUUAUCCGGGAGUUUAA